AUGGACAACCGAAGCGAGGAGUCUUCUAACGCGUAUACAGCUACUACUCGUGAAAGCACAAUUUGGUCGCGAAGUGCUACUGUCCGUGCUGCAUUUACGAGCGGAUACGAAGGGAAGGCACUUGGAGGUAUGGGUGUAGACACCGCCGCGCCGAGAGUCUUAACGGAGGCGCCUGUAGCGAAUCUGACGCCGGAGAACGAGAUCCUGCAGGUGUGCCGAACGGCAGGGCCCGCCACCAUCGCCAUCGCUCCCGAUCUCAACGGACAGACCUGGCGAGGCUGGGGCACGUCGCUUGCAUGGUUUGCCAACUAUAUCGGCAAGCUCCCACCAGACCAGCUCAACCAAAUCCUUGACCUAAUCUUCGAUCCAUCCUCUGGAAUGGGCCUCAACCUCGCACGAUACCUUAUCGGCGGCAGCUACAAUCUCACCAACAGCCCGAAAUUCGACACUGCGACCUGGGAAGCCUGCGCAAUUCCGGGUUAUAGACCUUUGAAAGACGGGCCGUACGAUUGGACGAGGGAUUGGCGGCAGCGGAAGGUUCUGGACGGGGCUAUAGCGAGGGGAGUGGAUGAGGUGGACGCGAUUAUUUACUCCCCACCUUGGUGGAUGACUAUAUCAGGGGAUACUGCUGGGAAUGUGAAAGACGAGACGAAUCUUCAGCCGGACGCGUACGGCGCUUACGCGGAUUAUAUGGCUGAUGUGGUCGGCCGGUUUCGGAGCCAUUGGAACGUGACUUUCUCGACGAUGAACCCGGCGAAUGAGGCGCUAGAAGGGUGGUGGGUGAAAGGGGCCCGGCAGGAGGGGUGUAACUUCAAACCGGAGCAGCUUGAGAAGCUGGUGUGGGCAGUGGCAGCGGCUUUAAGGAAGCGGAAUUUAAGGACUGGUGUGGCGGGUUUCGACAGUUUUGUCGGGGCUACAGUGAGGUUCCGGCACAAGUUUACCGCGAGGGUAAAAUCCAUUUUGAAACGGAUUAAUGUGCACCAGUACGUGCCCCCACCCUCCAACACCUCCGAUGCUCGGCAGUAUAUCGAGGCAACCUAUGUGAGUAUGGCGAGGAUGGCGAUUGGGCUAGGGAAGGAGGUGUGGGUGUCGGAGGUGGGGCCGAUGUGGGUGGGAGGAAAUCAAAUUGAUGUGGCGUUGUUCUUGGCGCGAUCGGCGAUUCAAUCGAUCAACAUCAUGGGAGCAUCCGCUUGGAUUUACUGGCAAGCGAUCAACGGCGCAUCGGAGACGAACGUGAAUGCGAUCAAAUGGGGCAUCUUCACGAUCCCGUUUAAUCGGUUGAGUGACGAGACAGCCCCGCCGCUGGAUAUAGUCCUGACGAAGAAGUUUUACGUGUUGAAGCAGCUCGCUCAUGGGUCUCCCAGAGACAGUAUGCCUUUGCAGAUUGAUUCAAGUAACGGGUGUCAACACUGCGUGGCUGCUUUCUACCACCCCACCAAGCACUUCAUCUCAAUCUUCGUUGUCAAUCAACAAGACAGCUCGUAUGACCUGACUUUUACAUUCACUGCGUUUGGGCUCUUUGAUUCGCAAAGUCCAUGCGAAAUGGAGAUGUGGCGGACGUCUACGUCUGAAGAUGCUUCACUGGUUUCAUCACAGAGCUUUGCAGACAUGCCUUCUUCAUUCGCUGUUACAGCUGAAGGGCUUAGCAUGACCGUGAACUCCGCAAGCAGGAAAAUUCGAGCUGCGAGUGCUGCUAACGCGGAUGGAGGGGAAACGACCGAAGCAGCAGCGCCUGACGUGGCAGAUGAUCCCGCCACCGUGGCAGCCCAGAUGGCAUUGAGCGUCUCGGAAGAGGCGCUUCCGGAGGGUGACGUGGACGAGGCGCGCGCCGCAGCCGCCGCUGCGCUGCUCGAGAGCGAGCUACUCCAAAAAACGCCGGGAAUUGCGGCUGGAAACGCGGCGGAAACUGCGGCUGGGGAGAUGCGAAAAGAAGGAGCGGAAGAGAGCAGCAUCGGAGCUGCAAGCGCUGCUUCUGCAGCUGUCGCUGAGCCGCAGUCGAACGUGACAGUAACGAAGGGGACUAAAAAGGGGAUCACAGUCAAGGGAAAGAAAGUGACAGUAAAAGGGAGAGCAGGAGGGGGAGAGAAAGCUUGGAGCGGAUCAGAGGGGGAAGGUGACAGCAGCGGGAGUGGGAAUGAUAGUGGUAGCGGCAGUGAUAGUGGAGGAGAGGAGGUGUUUCAUGUGGUGUGGUCAUCCAGAGACAGCAAGAUAGACUAUCUCGGGGAGAGCACUAAGGGGGAUAUGGUGCUUCCGGAUCUCCCUGUCGACCUCGAGAACGAGGGGCGGCGGGCCUUUGACCUGGAAUUGCAGGCCGAUCAGGGGCCCAUAGAGGAGCUCGCCAAGGCAGAGGCUGAUGAGGCGGAGAUGCUGCUGGAGCAGCUGGGCGUGCCUCCGCAGUUCCCCCAUGGGCUGGCAUCGCGCGGCAUCUUCUGCAGCCGCACCCUCAAUCUUCGAUCGAUCACGACCAUCGGAUAUGACAUGGACUACACUCUGAUUCAUUAUAACGUCAAUGCUUGGGAGGGCCGAGCCUAUGACUACGCCAUGGAGAACCUCCGAGCCAAGGGGUACCCGACCAAAGGGCUGAGGUUCGAUCCGGACCUGGUGAUCCGAGGGUUGGUGAUGGACAAGGCGAGUGGCAACCUGGUGAAGUGCGACCGGUUUGGGUUCGUCAAGCGAGCCAUGCACGGCACUGAAAUGCUCUCCAACAAGGCCAUCAGCAAGCUAUAUGGCAGGGAGCUGGUGGAUCUAAGGAAUGAGGGCCGCUGGGAGUUUCUGAAUACACUCUUCAGUGUGAGCGAGGCUGUGGUCUACAUGCAGAUGGUUGACCGCCUUGACCAGGGGCUAUUGCCUGCUGAGGUGGCUCCUGGAGACUACAAGACUCUUUAUAAGGUCGUGGCCAGAGCUCUCUUCCGAGCACACGUGGAGGGGCAGCUCAAGGCGGAGAUCAUCAACUCGCCCGAGAAGUUUGUGGAGCUGGAUCCUGAGCUUCCCUUGGCUCUCUUAGACCAGAAGCUGGCAGGGAAGCGGCUGCUGCUCAUCACCAACUCGGACUAUCAGUACACGCACCGCAUGAUGACCCAUGCCUUCGACCGGUUUCUACCCGAGGAGAUGACCUGGCGGUCGCUCUUUGACAUGGUGAUCGUCUCGGCUCGUAAGCCCGAGUUCUUCUCCAUGGCUCACCCACUGUACGAGAUCGUAACACCAGACGGGCUCAUGCGACCGUGCUUCAAGGCCAAUCCCGGAGGGCUGUAUUGUGGAGGCAGCGCGCAGAUGGUAGAAAAGGCUCUGGGAUUCGCAGGGGACGAAACAUUAUAUGUUGGCGACCACAUCUACACGGAUGUGUCGCAGUCCAAGCUGCACCUGCGCUGGCGCACGUGCCUCGUCUGUCGGGAGCUGGAGCAAGAGGUUGCAGCCCUGAUCCAAGGCCAUGAUACCCGGCUGAGACUCAUAGAUCUGAUGGCUCAGAAGGACAGGGUAGGAGACUGCUUCAACCAGCUGAGGCUGGCUCUGCAGAGGCGCACACAGGGGCAGGCGGCACAGACGGCAGCGGUGGGGGAGAUGGAGGAUGGGGAGCUAGUGAGGAGCAUGCAGCGGCUGCUGUGGAUCAUGGCGAGGCUUGACGGGGAGAUUGCUCCCUUGCUGGAGACAGAUGGAGCUGCUUUCAAUGACAGAUGGGGAUACCUCUCUCGAGCUGGACUUUGGGAUAAGAGCCACAUUACCCGGCAAAUAGAGAAAUAUGCCGACAUCUACACCUCAAGAGUUUCCAAUUUCUUGCGCUACACCCCGUUCAUGUACUUCCGAGCACAAGGGCAGUCUUGUGCACAUGAUGUUUCAGACACAUGGCCUAUCACCAGUUUGCAGCCGUUCUCAUCUUCCGAACAUGAUUUGCAAUAA